AAAUGAAACCUUCUCUUCUGCAUGACGAGGCUGAGGGGUAAAUUCUACUAAUUCUUCGUGACCAACAAACACAUACAUACACUGUAUCUAUCUAUCUAUCUAUAUCUAGUGUGUGUACUGUGUGUAUAUAUAUAUAUAUAUAAGUACCAAGAAAGGCCUUCUCAGUUCUUUCCCACAAUGCUUUGAAGUUUGAGCUGAAACCCCACAAAAACCCAAAAGUGUGUGAAAGAUUGUGUGUGGUGAGGGUUUUGUGUUUGAGAAAAACAAACACCCUUUUUCAACAGUGAAUUUGAUUUGAAAUAGAUAUAUAUACACACAGAUAUUUGACAUUAUUGUUGUGUAGUAGCAGCAUCAUGAGUAGUAAUAACUGGCUGGGGUUUUCUCUGACUCCACACCUUAGAGUUGGCGGUGAUGCUGAAGUCGGCGGUGAUGCUACAGAAGAAGAGGUGGCGGUUGCCGCUGAUGACAGUCGCGGCGGCGGGGCUUGCUGCUUCCCUGCCGCCACCGCCGCCCAUGUUCCUGUUAUGCCUUUGCGCUCUGAUGGCUCCUUCUCCGUUUUGGACUCUAAACAUUAUUGGAGAUACGAUAAUGAUAUGAAUGGACCUAACCUCAAUGAAGAAGGUCCAAAGUUCGAAGAUUUCCUCGGAUGCUGUUACUCAAAUUCACCGUCGAGUGAACCGGGAGAGAUAAACAUGAACAUGCCACCGAAUUUCAGCAGCUGUUCUGAUGAUCACCACAAAAGAGAAAAUUUCACCGUCCCAUCUCCUUUUUUCCCACCAUAUCACUACACCAUAGUCCCUACUGCCACUGCUGCAAAUCCUGACGGCGUUUUCUCGGCUGCUUUCGGCGGUGGUGGUGGCGGCAGCGUUGCAACUUCAGUCUCAGGGUUCAAGUCUUGGCUCCAGCAAACGGAGAAACCGUCUGUGGAGGGUAGUAGUCGGUGUGAUUUUCAGGCGCUGUCUUUAACGGUGAACCCCAGUUCUCAGCCCGACAUACCGGUGGCGGUGCCGCUGCCGCUGCAGACGGCGGGUGAUGGGAAGAAGCGGGCGGUGGCAAAGUCUAGCUCGGUUAAGGAGCCUGUACCUCGUAAAUCAAUUGAUACUUUCGGCCAAAGAACUUCUCAGUACCGCGGUGUUACAAGGCAUAGAUGGACUGGAAGAUAUGAAGCUCAUUUGUGGGAUAACAGUUGCAGAAAGGAAGGACAAACUAGGAAAGGAAGACAAGUGUAUCUUGGGGGUUAUGAUAAAGAAGAGAAAGCAGCUCGAGCUUAUGAUUUAGCUGCUCUGAAGUACUGGGGACCAACUACACACAUUAAUUUCCCCCUAAGCAGCUAUGAGAAAGAGCUUGAAGAGAUGAAGAACAUGAGCAGGCAAGAAUUUGUUGCUCAUUUGAGAAGGAAAAGCAGUGGAUUUUCUAGAGGAGCAUCCAUGUACAGAGGAGUAACGAGACAUCAUCAGCAUGGAAGGUGGCAAGCCCGAAUUGGAAGAGUUGCAGGCAAUAAGGACUUGUACCUUGGUACUUUCAGUACACAAGAAGAAGCUGCAGAAGCGUAUGAUAUUGCUGCAAUAAAGUUUAGAGGAAUGAGUGCUGUCACGAACUUUGACAUAAGUAGAUACGACGUGAAAAGAAUUUGUUCAAGCUCGACCCUCAUCGGAGGCGACCUAGCUAAACGGUCUCCUAAAGACUCCGGCCCGUCGUCCCACGAGGACUACAAUUCGUGUGCGUCAUCAGCUUCACCUCGAGCUUUCCUCCCUAUGGCCAACGGGGAGUCAAAUUCUGACGAACUGGCUGACAUUAUGUGGAAUGCCAGCUCGGAAGACCAGGGCCAGCAG